AUGUUGCCACUCAUUCCUGUUCAAAUUUCACCGACCUGGUUUACUGACUCGACGGACAAUAGCAAUGGUUUACAUGAAGACGAUCAUAUCGGUUCCAACAGCACCACUCCUUCCGGCAUCGCGACCCCGCAGCCCGACCCUGCGGACAAGCGUCUGCCGUCCAUAAUGCACAGCUUCUUCCAGGUUGGUGUUUCAUCUACCGCGUCUCGCCCGUCCAAGUCAUGGUCUCCCAAAGAAACUUCCGCUGCCGUUGGUGGCGACCAACCGAGUGCGGAAGAGGGCGCCCACACCAAGGACAGUAAACAGAGUUCCGGGUGCACCUCAGCCUCGGGCUCCUUUGUCCUGUUGGAACGCGAGCAAGCCUCGGAUACCAGCAGAUCUUCCAUGCUCUCCGCGGAUGCGGGACCCGAGAAGCUGGAUCUGGAGGGCGCCGCGUUGAACCCCACCACCAAUCUACCCACACCCCCCAGUUACUCUGCCUGUUCCCUUAUGCAGAAGGAUCCCGACGCUGCUCUGGCAAUUAGUCCGGACAAGGGCGUUGGCUCCAUCCUCACUGCCCUGAAGAGCUACCUUUCCUCCUCUACUUCUUCCUCCUCGGCGAGCCCGUCCGAGUCGGGUUCCCGCCGUCACACCUCGCAUCCUGUCUCCAGCGUCUCUGACGAUCCCGUUCUUGCAUCUCACUUCUCCAACCCUUCUCUCUCGACGGCUGCCGAUGGGCUCGGUCUGCCAGAGAAUUUGCUUCUUGAUCAUGAAAGACCGCAUCUUUCCAUGUCUUCUGAGAAUUUGACCAAGCUGACUGGUUACGCGGCCGCUGGCUCGCGCCUAAAGAAUACCCCUCCUUUGACCCCGCGUGCCAUGUCCAACGAGUCUCCUCAGGCGGACCAUCAGCAGCCUACGCCCGCGACAUCCUCCCCCCGUUCUGCCGAGGACUCCUCGCAGCAGCAGCAGCACGAGAACUGCGACUCCAAUCAGCAGCAAGUCCAGGCGGAUGAUAUUGCCAAGCAGACCGACGAGAUCACUGGAAAGCUCAAUGAUGUCUUCCGUCCCCAGCAAUCCGAUUCGACUCGCACUGGCGGACCCACAGUGGACUCCCUGAAGGGAAAGCUGUUUGUCAAGAUUUCCGAAGCGCGCGGGCUUCUGCCCGGGUUUGACCCUUAUGUGGUUUGCGUCUUUGAGUGGAACGAGUGUAUCUCUAAGGGAGCCCAGGACGCCGACGAAGAGGGCCAUCGCUUGGAGCGUGACUCUGGUCGCCCCAUGGCAAUUCCCAUGCGCAGUCGGCAGAGCAGCAACAACAGUGCGCUCGAUAACAACACCCAUGAUCACCACAAGAGAGCACCCGUCACGGACCCCCACUGGAAUCAUGAAGCCGUCUUUGAUGUCCUGAGGGAAGAAUCUGAAAUCGAUGUCUCGGUGUACGACCGUUACAACCACGAAGCUUUCCUUGGUCAUGUCCGCCUCAGUGUCAAUCUGAAAUCAGACAGCAACCGCCUUGAAGGGUGGUUUCCUUUGGAGACGCGUGGCGCCGGCGAUAACCCCGUGUCGGGAGAGAUUCACUUGGAGAUGCGGUUCGAGAAGACCGAGAAGAAACAAGUGGGACCCAAUGAUUUCCAGAUUUUGAAACUGAUUGGCAAGGGAACCUUUGGACAGGUGUACCAGGUCAAGAAGAAGGACACGCAGCGGAUCUAUGCUAUGAAGGUUCUUUCCAAGAAAGUUAUCAUACAGAAGAAGGAGAUCGCGCACACCCUGGGCGAACGGAACAUCCUCGUGCGCACGGCCAUGUCAUCGUCGCCAUUUAUCGUGGGUCUGAAGUUCUCGUUCCAGACGCCGAGCGACCUUUACUUGGUCACCGACUACAUGUCCGGUGGCGAACUGUUCUGGCACCUGCAGAAAGAAGGUCGAUUCCAGGAGGACCGGGCCAAGUUCUACAUUGCCGAGUUGAUCUUGGCUUUGCAGCACUUGCACGACCACGAUAUCGUCUAUCGCGACUUGAAGCCGGAGAAUAUUCUGCUCGACGCUAACGGUCACAUUGCGCUGUGCGAUUUCGGACUGUCCAAGGCCAAUCUGACGAAGAACGAUACCACGAACACUUUCUGUGGAACGACGGAAUACCUGGCCCCGGAGGUCCUUCUCGACGAACAGGGGUACACCAAGAUGGUUGAUUUCUGGUCGCUGGGCGUCCUCGUCUUCGAGAUGUGCUGCGGAUGGAGCCCCUUCUACGCCGAAGACACCCAGCAGAUGUAUAAGAACAUCGCCUUUGGCAAGGUCCGGUUCCCCCGCGAUGCGCUGAGUACAGAAGGUCGCAACUUCGUCAAGGGCCUGCUAAACCGUAAUCCCAAGCACCGUCUGGGUGCCAAGGGAGACGCCAAGGAACUCAUGGCACACCCGUUCUUCGACGAUAUUGACUGGCAGGCUCUCAAUCGCAAGGAAGUUAUCCCUCCCUUCAAGCCCAAGCUCAAGUCCGAUACCGACACGUCCAACUUUGACCCCGAGUUCACCACCGCCCUCGAGACCUCGGCGUCUCUGAACGACCGUGCGGCGGCGUUGGCCAACGGAUUAAUGCAGGCGUCAACCCCGUUGUCUCCCGGGAUGCAGGCCAACUUCAAGGGAUUCACGUUCGUCAACGAAAACUCCAUCGACCACCAUCUCCGGAACUACCGAGGCGACCGCAUGGAUGAAGACGAAGAUACUUGGCAGCGCUCCCACCGCUCCGGGAACUCCACGGACCAUCACCGGAUGAGCGGCAUUCAAGGUGGCGAUGUGGGCAUCUUCAAUGUCGACGACAACUUUGACGUCUGA